AUGGCUCCGGCCCUCCUCACCGCCGUCUCAGUCCUCCUCGCUUUGGCUGGCGACACAAGCGCCAAGUCAUUUCAACUGGCCGAAACAAUCGACAAAGACAACUUUUUUAGCAAAUUUGACUUCUUGACAAAGGGCCGAGGUCAUCUUCCAUUUGAUGAUAAUGGGUCCUUUGUGAGAUACCAAGACAAAACGAAUGCGCGCAAGAAGAACAUCACCAGGAUUCAACCAAAUGGUGACAUUUACCUAGGGGUUGACCACGAAAAUGUCAUAGAUCCAACGGGACAGGGUGGGCGUGAUACCUUCAGGAUCGAGUCGCAAAAGUCGUACAAGCAUGGUCUCUUCAUCGCGCGAUUCAGCCAUUUGCCUCGAGCAGUGUGCGGCACUUGGCCAGCUUUUUGGACUCUCGGCGAUGGAGCGUGGCCAAGUCCCGGCGAGAUCGACCUCUACGAAGGUUGGAAUUUGAAUACAUACAACAAGCCCACGAUUCACGUUGGAACCCCAUCCGAGGUCGGCAAUUGCAAUUUGGAUCUCACAGAGCAGGGGGCGAGAGUUCUUGCGCAAGAUUGCGACAACAUUGCCACCAGCCACGCCAGCGGCCAGGGCUGCCAAACGGAAGAAAAGGACAACAGCAUCUGGGCUUCGUCCACCGGUGGCAUCCAGGCUCUUCUGUGGACGAAUGACGAAAUCAAGAUUUAUACCUGGCCCCAUGGCACAGAGCCGGACAAGCUUGACGAGGACGAGAUCGACACUGAUUCGUGGACAAAUCCGUCGAUGCACCUGAGAUCGAGAUUGUGCAACAUUGACAAGGCGUUUCAAAGCCAGAAAAUCAUGUUUGACAUUGCUUUCUGUGGCAAUCCAGCGGGGACGGUAUUCUGGAACGUGCCGGACCACGUGGGCGAGGAAACCUGCCACGCGAAGACUAAGGGACUGACAUGCGAGGCCUUCGUGGCCGAAAAUCCUAGCGCUUUCAAGGAUGUCAAUUUUCAGAUCCGGGACAUUCGGUACUUUGAGCUCAAACCGGAGACCAAGUCGUUGGGUUCUUUAGCGAUGAGAAUACUUCCGAGCCCGGCUCAGGUUCCUUCCGCCGUCUCGCAUCCUGGAAAGUCAGCUUCCAACGCGAGUAGAUCCGAUAUGGAAUCUGCCGGUGCGUCUACAUAUGUUACUCCGCCCUCGAAAGUUGGCAAUACGACUCAAAGAAUAUGGAAGUUCACCAAGCAGAACGGGGUCCUCAUCGGCCAAACGCCAACCUUCCGAUGCCGGUUCGGCUUCGAGCAAGAAUGCCACGAAAACGCUGUCGACGUUGACUCCAGGAACAAAAGAAGCCGAGGCUUCGUCGGCACUCACGAGAGGCCCCGCAGCCUCGACGUUGAAGACAAACGCCACGGACGGCUCGUCGAACCUCGCGCGAGUUUCGUGGACCAAACUCCGGUCCUGGAGUUCAAGCUCGGUUGCGACUUCGAAAGCCGCUGA